GGCGGCCUGGAUGCGUCUGUUCGCUUUCUUCUGCCUUCUCCUGGGCCUGGGGCCGCCUGGCGGGGCCCAAAUGCCCGGUGACGGCGGCGCUUUCAGCCCCGGGCAGACGGGCGGCGAUGGCGUCUCGGCGGCCCAACACCGCAGGUAUCCCCGGUAAUAAUACUCCGCACGGGGACAAUAAUACUCCACAGCGGCAGUACUAAUGGAGAGAAAAGACAAUACUACUCCACGGCGACAGUAAUAACGGAGGGAAAAGACAAUACUCCGCAGGGGCAGUAAUAACGGAGAGAAAAGACAAUACUACUCCGCAGGUAUCUAUUGUAUGAUGUGAAUCCACCUGAGGGAUUUAAUCUUCGGCGGGAUGUCUAUCUCCGUAUGGCAUGCUUGACAAAGACACUGCUGAAAAGUGAAGAUUGGGUGCUGGUUCUCCCUCCCUGGGGGCAUCUCUACCACUGGCAGAGCAAAGGUCUUGAACAAGUUCGCAUCCCCUGGUCUGCAUUUUUUGACGUGCCAAGCCUGAAUAAGAACAUCCCCGUCAUUGAAUAUGAACAGUUCAUUGCAGAGUCUGGCGGUCCCUUCAUACAGCAAAUCUAUGUUCUGCAAGGAUAUGCAGAAGGCUGGACAGAGGGCCACUGGGAAGAAAAGGUGGAUGAACGGCUUUGCAUCGAGGAUCUCGCCUACAGGAACGACAGACAGGGAUUUUACAGGGGUUGGUUUUGGGGCUAUGAUGAGACGAGAGGCCUCAGUGUUGCCUGCGUGUCUGUGCAGGGCUCAGCUUCUAUCAUGGUGCCAGUUCUUCUGAAAAACACCACAGCACAGUCUAUAAUGUUAGACAGAGCAGAAAACCUCCUUCAUGACCAUUAUGCAGACAAAAGUUACUGGGAUGCUCGGAGAAGCAUGGUGUUCGCGAAACAUUUACGUAUUGUCGGGGAUGAAUUCAGGGCAACGUACCUCAAUUCUACGGAUGAGCUAGACAAGACUGUUUACGAUGAGGAUUGGACAAGGAUGAAGGUGAAGUUGGGCACGGCCAGGGGAGGUCCAUACUUGGGCGUGCACCUGAGGAGAAAGGACUUUAUUUGGGGCCACAGGAAGGAUGUACCCAGCAUUAAGGGAACUGCCAAGAAGAUUCACAGCCUCAUGAAAGAGCUGAAAUUGGACAAAGUGUUUGUGGCGACAGACACCAAUGAAGACGAGCUGAUGGAGCUGAAAAGCCUUCUCCCAAAGAUGAUACGAUUUGAACCGACCCAGGAGGAGCUACGACUAUACAAAGACGGGGGCAUCGCAAUUAUUGACCAGUGGAUCUGUGCUCAUGCCAGGUACUUCAUCGGAACAUCAGUGUCAACAUUUUCAUUCCGUAUCCACGAAGAACGGGAGAUUCUCGGCUUCGAACCCAAAACCACUUACAACAGGUUCUGUGGUGAUGAAGAGAAGGAGUGCGAGCAGCCCACACACUGGAAGAUUGUGUACUGAACGGGAUGGGUGCACAGUGUCACAGCAAUAAGUCCGCCGUGAAGUGAUCGGAGCUACCAUACACAGUUUUGGACGGACAUCAUUCUUUACAGGAGGUCUUGUCUACAAUUCAACCAAUUGUUUGAAACUAUAUUUUCCUUUUUGGCCCCAUCAGAAUACACCAUCGUCAUGCUGCUCUCUGUUGCUGAGGAAUCAAGUGUCUCAAAGGCAAACAUUCCCAGAAGGGGCUUAUGUUAGAUAGGGAUUGUGAGGUGGUUUGCCCUUGCUGGUGGACAGGCAAACAGUAGAUUAUUUCCAAAGUAGCAGCACUUUUCCCCCCUUUCUCCCACUGGAAAUUGGGAGCGUUCAGUGGGGUGUAGUGAAGCUCAACAGAACUUGUUCCAUUAAAAGGGUAAGACGAGGAAAUUCAGCAUAGGUGCAAGAAGCAGCUUCAUGUCUCCUCUCUUGUCCUCCUUCUGUAAGGCAGCUCCCAGGAAUGAUUAUACAAACAGGAGAACGUUACUGCCAGGCAACAUGUUCCUCUGCCAGUUCCAUAUCCUUCCUGUGGCAAAGCCCUAGUGCAGCACUGAUGAACUCAAUUACAACCUUUAGGCUUUAAAGAUACAAAGGACAUGUUUUACAAAUGUCAGCUUACCUAUACAGUAUUAAGAUCAGAGACACUACCUGCUAAGUGCAGUUGCUGAUUUAAUCUGGUUGACGGUGCCUGCAGUGGCCAAUGAAACUGACCCCCAAGUGCCCGCUCUGAGUUCACCAGAGCCUGCCAUUCUCUUUGUGCCUGAUAAAGGAAAGAGUUUGAGCUUUGGUUACCAUUCCCAAUCCCGAUAGAUGUCAUUCAUUGAGUUUUAAACACCAAUGUCUGAGCAUUAGAUUACAUUUUCUUGGGCCCAAGUUCAUUAGAAUUUUCAUUGUUCAGUUUUGCAUUGUUUGUGAUUCUCGGGCAUUCAUGUAGAGAACUAUUCCCCAACAAAAAUUCAUCUCUGGCGCAUUCCAAAACAGGUUCAAUCCUUUGUCUCUCCAGUUUCCCUUUAAGCCAAGUAUGACCUACGAACACCAUGUUUGAGGUAAUAUUCUGAAUUAAGAGGGUGAAGACUGACUGGGCCAGGAGCCUGAUUCACACAGCCUUGACCACAGAGGGAAGGUGACCUUGGUACAGUUGCAUUAAAACCACAGAAACACCUGCCUACUUUGGCACUGACCAUCUCCCAGAAAGGAGUGGUAACUCUGAACUGCUGAAAUCUAUUUAACAGAACCUGCCUGGCCUGUUAGAAAUUGUCAAACACUAAGUAUUUUAUACUUUCAUUGUAUAAAUCAUGGGAUAUUAUACACCACUUUAUAUUGUAGAGUAUAAUAUUUACAGUGCUUUAUUAUUUGGAGUUUUAUUUUAGAUGGAUUCUACUCAUUUGUAGGAGGCAAUGUUUUGCUGUUGCUGGCUACCCUUGAGCUGAUUGUGAUUGUAUUUAAUGGAAAGCAUUGUUGAGGCAGGUGUGUGUUUAAAAAAAAAUAAAAACACUAUUGAAAUGCA